AUGGCAAGCACUACCACUCCCACAGCACCCAAAACGUCAGACCCGGAGGAGGGCUACGCGGACCUCCUCGCCACAGCCCGCGAGUGGGUGGACAGCGUCCUCUUCAUGGAGCAGGUACAAGAGGAGAUCGAGGCCGGGUUCGCGCUGCGCACGGAGCUUCGUAGCCAGAAUGAGCGAGCGUUUCUCUCGCUGCUGGCGGCGUUGCCGGACCGCGCCCAGCCGAAUGCCGCUACCCUCCAGCGGCUGGAAGAAACCAACCAGCAGAUGAGCAACGCGACGGGGUCGCUGCGCGAGAAAUUGAGAGCCUCGCGGCGGCAGAUGCCGAUGAACAAGGCUCAAAUCGUGGUGUGGCUGUGGGUGCACCUGCGCCCGGCGGAUGCGAGGGCGCUGGUUGCGAAGCUGAACGGAGGGCUGGAUCAUGAUGCCAGCGGUGGUGGUGCUGAUGGUGAGCGGGCGGUGAAAGACGAGGAAGGGGAUGGCAACGUGAAACGGGAAGCGGAGUAG